UUUGCAGGUGGGAUUGCUGGAGGCAUUGAAAUCUGCAUCACGUUUCCUACAGAGUAUGUGAAAACUCAGCUUCAGUUAGAUGAGAAGGCAAACCCGCCUCGCUACAAAGGCAUCGUUGACUGUGUGAAGCAGACGGUGCGUGAUCAUGGGGUGAAGGGUCUGUACCGCGGUCUGAGCUCUCUGGUCUAUGGCUCCAUUCCCAAAGCGGCAGUGAGGUUUGGGAUGUUUGAAUUCCUCAGUAACAAGAUGAGGGAUGAGUCUGGGAAGCUGGACAGCACGCAGGGGUUGAUCUGCGGUCUGGGCGCAGGAGUGGCCGAGGCUAUAGUCGUGGUGUGUCCUAUGGAGACUGUAAAGGUCAAAUUCAUCCACGAUCAGACCUCAGCGAACCCAAAGUACCGAGGAUUUUUCCAUGGCGUGAGGGAAAUAGUCAGAACACAAGGACUCAAAGGAACAUAUCAGGGACUGACCGCAACAGUACUGAAGCAGGGCUCAAACCAGGCCAUCCGAUUCUACGUAAUGACCGCUCUCAGAAACUGGUACAAAGGUGAUAACCCCCAGAAGACUAUUAACCCCCUCGUGACCGGAGUGUUUGGAGCCGUUGCUGGAGCGGCAAGCGUGUUUGGAAAUACACCACUGGACGUGAUCAAAACGAGAAUGCAGGGAUUGGAAGCUCACAAAUAUAAGAGCACAGUUGACUGCGCCAUCAAAAUCAUGAAACAUGAAGGACCGGCUGCAUUCUACAAAGGCACCGUGCCCAGGUUAGGCCGGGUCUGUAUGGACGUGGCUAUAGUGUUCAUAAUCUACGAGGAAGUGGUUAAAGUUCUCAACAAGGUGUGGAAGACGGAUUAAUGGAGGCGUGAUGCUGAUGGGCGGAGUCUGGCCUUCAUGACAUCAUACCGGUGUGACAACAUAGAGCCUUUACUCAGCAGCCAAAAUAUCUGCCAACGGCAGACGACACAGAAAGUCACUGGAAUGUGCUUAAUUACCAUCAUUUAAUCAACAGAGGGAGAGAUUUUCCCAACUAAUGUUAGAAAGACACCAAAUACUUGAAAACUAGUUUUUACCCCAAAGACCAAUUUAAAUAUUAGACUUUUUUUUUAAUGGUUUUUAUGGAAAAUAACAUCUUUAGGGAGACUCACUCAAAUUUUAUUUUAUUUUUUUAAACAUUAGGUAUCAUAGAAAAUGUAAUUGUAGUUUUAACAAUAUUAUUUUCUAAAGUGCAGUUUACCAGCAAAUAAUAUACGUUUCCAUUGUAUGUAUUUUAAUUUUGUUUUCCUCACAUGUGAUUAUAUACUAAGUGCUGAGAGCCUAAUCUGAACACCGUGCAAUUUAAGAAACAGAAUAUGUAUUUUAGAAAAAUCUUAACCUGUAGUCUAAAAUGCAUAAAUUAACCUCAUCU